AUGUUUCGCAAGUCAUCGCACGCACUUAUGCAUUCCGGCGGGCUCUUUCGUACACCUCGGCCUCUUUGCCGCGCGCUGCAGGAAGCUCUUACGAAGGCACAAUCGGUGUGGAAUCUGGACUUUGGAGGCACCCCGACAGUGGACGAACUCACAUUUCAUCAGCGAAAGUAUCCAUCCACGCCAAUGUUCCAUGUGCUGGACCUCGAUGGGAGAGUAGUAAACCCGAAGCAGGAACCAGAGGUGCCCAAAGAGACGCUGAUUAAAAUGAUGGAAGCAAUGUUGCGUCAGCAGAGUAUUGACCUUAUUUUGAUGGAGGCACAGCGUCAGGGGCGUAUUUCAUUUUAUAUGACGAGUAUGGGUGAAGAAGCCUCUGCGGUGGGCACCGCCGCGGCAUUGGAUAUGCGUGACGAACUAUUUUUGCAGUAUAGGGAGGCGGCUGCCCUUACGUACCGUGGAUACACGGUGAAGGAUAUGGUAGCGCAAUGUAUGGGCACCAUUGAGAAUGAACUUAAAGGUCGACAAAUGCCUAUCCACUAUGGUUCACGCGCGCUCAAUGUUCAUAUGAUCAGCUCUCCAGUGGCGACUCAAAUUCCACAUGCUGCUGGUACUGGAUAUGUUUGUCGUCUUGAAAACGAACGUGAGACGGAUCCCAACAAGAAACGUAUUUGUGCCGCUUUUGUUGGCGAAGGUUCUGCCAGCCAGGGGGACUUUCACGCUGGGGUUAACAUGGCCGCAACGAUGAAAUCCAACACACUUUUUUUGAUACGUAACAACGGCUACGCCAUCUCUACACCGUCGUCUUCACAGUACGCUGGCGAUGGUAUUUUUGCUCGGGGCAUCGGUUACGGUAUUCCCUGCGCCCGUGUGGAUGGAAAUGACAUUUUGGCGGUGUUUCAAACAGUACGCAAGGCACGUGAACUUAUUCGCACGACGAAUCAACCUGUUCUCGUGGAAGCCCUGGUAUAUCGUAGCUCCCAUCACUCUUCCUCUGAUGACAGUACAUGGUACCGUUCACGGGAAGAAGUGGAAGUGUUUUCAAAUCUCUUUUUACCAGUUGCCCGGUUUGAAAAGUAUUUGGAAAGAAAGUCGCUGUGGACUCCCGAGCAGUCGCGGAGUUUGACUCAGAAAGUGCGGCAAGAAACGCUUGCGGAGCUGCACAGGCAGGAGAAAUUGCCCAAGUGGCCGGUAUCUUCGAUGCAUGACGAUGUGUACAAGGAAAUGACACCAGAGAUGCAUCAGGCGCAAAAGGAAUUGGAGGAGCACUACGAACGAAACAAGAAAGAAUACAACAUGUGA